AUGGCUUUCGGGGUCUUCCUAGUUCUGGUUGUUCUAGCCAUGCGUGAAGUGAAAAUGGUUGGUGCUGCACCAAGUGCUGCCCAGUGCCACGAGGAGAGGACGCUCGCGAUGAAGGCAUGCAUGAUGGUGGUGUUUGGCAAGCGUCAACCGCGCCAUAAGGCUCACUGA